AUAAAGAACCUUUAAAAGGGAUUGAUGAUGACAUUUGGAUUCUCAAGUCUGGUAACUUAGAUAAUAAAAGGAUAAACUCUAAAGACAUAGCUGCUACGGGCUUGGUUUAUCUUACAUUAAAUGCCUCUAAAAGCUUUUUACCAUAUAAUCAAUCAAUAUACAUUAAUACUUUAUUAAAUGAACUUUCUGAUAAAGCUCCUAUACGUCGUUCCCGCUUAAGUUCAAAUAAUUAUACGAAAUUAAUUCAUGGUCACAUUGUCAUUUCAAUUCACAUAGAUGUUAGAAAUAAUGAAAAUGAAAGAACUGUUUCAGAGGUAUUUUCAGAUUUAUCCAAUAUGAUUGUUUACAAAAACAUUACUACCUUUUCUAGCAGCGUGACAAACGAUCUGGACCAAUAUUACGGGUUUAUACCAAUUU